UAUUCUAUUCUGGAUAUUUUGGUGUUUCUGCCCCUUUUCCCUGGGAAUUAUUGGUCGAAAGAACCCCGGAGAUCAGAAUGCAACCCGGGUCCCAAAUGAAAUCCCUCCAGCUCUGAGGCCAGCAGGAGGGAAUAAAAGAAUAAAAAAAAUGCCAUUUUUGCAUGUUGGAGUGUGAAAUGGAGCACGUGAACAGGUGUUUGUAGGCACUAAACCCUAGUUUAUGUAGAAUUAUAUAUAUUUAAAUAGGAAUAUAUAUAUUUAUAAAUAUUUAUAUGAACAUAUAUAUUUAAAUAGAAAAGGAAUGCGUGUGAACAGGGAGAAAAAGGGAAUAUUGUGGAUAAAUGCACCUCAUCCUCAUGCAAAAAUAAAUCCAUUUGGCAGUUUUCCUUCCGGGCCUCUCUUUCCAAUUGUUCUGCUUUAGAAGAAAGUUGCACUUGGCGUUGCUGAGCCCUUUAGCACAAUUUCUAUUUUUGCUGGGCAAGGAGGGAUAUUUUUGGCAGAGAUAAAUCUGAUAUUGUGCCCUACAUUCCUUUACUGCAGGCAGGGCAGGGGCAAUGUCUCCACCUGUGGAUUCCUUCCCGAGAAAAGGGAAUUUUCCAGCUCGGUUUUGUGAGGGCUGUGAGAUCAGGAGGGGCGAGAAGGGAAGGACACGGCUGCAGUCAUGAGGAAUAAUCAGAAUUAAUUAGAAAUAAUUGGCUGUGCUGCUCAAGUGCAGGAUAACUGUGGGUGAUCUCUGCUCCUGGUGGGGUUUUUGUGGGAUGUGAGGGAUUUUUUCCUGCUGUUCCACCCCAUCAAAACCUCCAUCCCAAAACUCUGGGAGGAAAGGGAGGCAGCACACAAAUCCCUUUGUGGCCUCUGUGGCACGUGUGAGGCACUGGAUCCUUCUCUUCCCAAAAAUAAAUAACCUCUCCUUGCUCGUGGCCAGCCUGGGGACGCCUUCCUGGGGCUAUUUUUUAUCCCUUUGCCAGAGGGUUUUAAAUUUCCACCUUCCUUCUCCAGUGUCUCGUCACUCAGCAGCCCAAGGAGCCACCAAAAUGCUCACUGAAAAGGGAGGAUCUGCUCCUUUUCCCUGAAAUUAUGGAUAUUUUGGUGUUUCUGCCCCUUUUCCCUGAAAUUAUGGAUAUUUUGGUGUUUCUGCCCCUUUUCCCUAGAAAUUAUGGAUAUUUUGGUGUUUCUGCCCCUUUUCCCUGGGAAUUAAUUGAUAUUUUGGUGUUUCUGCUCCUUUUCCCGGGAAUUUUGGAUAUUUUGGUGUUUCUGCCCCUUUUCCCUGUGAAUUAAUGGAUAUGUUGGUGUUUCUGCUCCUUUUCCUGGGAAUUGUUGAUAUUUUGGUGUUUCUGCUCAUUUUCUCUAGAAAUUAUGGAUAUUUUGGUGUUUUAUGGCAGCUGAGUUCUUUGAGGGGCGAGAAGGGCGGGUAUGAAUGGCACAGUUUUUAUCUGGCACCCCCUAAAAAUCCAUUUAUACCUUGAAGGAAGGGAAUGGCACCAGGAUCCUGGAAAUGCCCUUUUCCUGGGAACUGGGAGAGGGUUUUCCCACUGAAAAUGGCCCUGGGGGCGGGUCACUGCCCAUCCCCGUGCUGUAUCACCGGGUUAUUUCCCACUUUUGACCUUUCUCCUUUGGUUUUUGGGUUGCCUGUAGGAGCUGGAGCUCUGCUGGCCCCGUGGAAGCGUGACUGGUAUGGGUAAUGGUGUGAGAGGAGGUCCAGUGGAAUUGCAGAGGGAUGUGGAGCCCGUCCCAGCCCGAAUUCCAGCAGAGGAGAGCCAGGAGAAGGAGAAAGUGCUGAACUCCCUGAUGUCCGGGGCUCUGGCUGGGGCUGUGGCUAAAACUGCAGUGGCUCCUCUGGACAGGACAAAAAUCAUGUUCCAAGUGUCUUCAAAACGAUUUUCUGCUAAGGAAGCCUACAGGCUGAUUUAUCACACCUACCUCAACGAGGGCUUCUGGAGCCUCUGGAGAGGGAACUCCGCCACCAUGGUGCGGGUGAUCCCCUACGCCGCCAUCCAGUUCUGCGCCCACGAGGAGUACAAGCAGAUCCUGGGCAACUACUACGGAUUCCAGGGAAAGGCACUGACACCUUUCCCUCGCUUCAUUGCUGGCUCCCUGGCUGGCACCACAGCUGCCAUGGUCACCUACCCCCUGGACAUGGUCCGUGCCCGCAUGGCUGUCACGCCCAAGGAGAUGUCUGCUCUCCCCGUGUCCCCACGCCAGGUACAGCAGCAUUGUCCACGUCUUCAUCCGGAUAUCCCGGGAGGAGGGGCUGAAAACCUUGUACAGGGGCUUCACGCCCACCAUCCUGGGCGUCAUUCCCUACGCUGGCCUCAGCUUCUUCACCUACGAGACGCUGAAGAAAGUGCACGCAGAGCACAGCGGGAAGGCGCAGCCCUCGCCCCCGGAGCGGCUGCUGUUCGGGGCGUGCGCCGGCCUCAUCGGGCAGUCGGCCUCGUACCCGCUGGACGUGGUGCGGCGCCGCAUGCAGACGGCCGGCGUGCUGGGCCACAGCUACAGCUCCAUCCUGCUCACCAUGCAGGACAUCGUCCGCGAGGAGGGGCUGGUGCGAGGCCUGUACAAAGGGCUCAGCAUGAACUGGGUGAAGGGCCCCAUCGCCGUGGGCAUCAGCUUCACCACCUUCGACCUGACGCAGAUCCUGCUCCGCAAGCUGCAGCGCGGCCCCGGCCUCCAGAGGUAGUGGCUUUGUGGCCCACCACGUGUAGGAAGAGCAGUUUGUUCUUCCCCGGCCUCCCACGUGCUCCUGCGGCUGGGAACUCGCCCGUUUGUUGGGGGUUUUUUUGGUUUUUCCUGUCGUUCCCAGGUAUUUUUGGUUUCUCCCUUUUUAAUUUGGAAGCCUAACCGUUCCCUAAGUGAAAAAUCCCCGAUCCUGCAGAGCUGAGUCCUCCUCCAAAGCAGCUGCCUCAGCCUUCUGAUGGACUGUGCCCCCAGGAGUGGAGCCUCCCACCCCACCCGUGCUGCUCCUGGCUCCUCUCCUGGCUCUCCGUGGGCAGAAGGAGGCGGUGGAUGAUGGAAGAGGGGGCUCGGAGCUGUUGGGAAUGACCCCCUGGAUCUGGGAAGGGGCAAUUCUGUACUCCCUACAUUCUGCCAAGUGCAAUAUCCCAGUGCAGUCCCUCGGGAAUUCCAGGUUCCUGUGGGCUGUGAAAGCAGGGCAGAGCAGGCCCAGGACACUACACUUGUUCCGAAAGCUGAAUGUUUCCUCUGGCUGGGAACGCUGCCCUUUCUCCACGGAUUUUCCUUGGGUUAUUGGGCUGAGCUGCAUCCAAGUCCCUCGUGUGUGGUGUCCCUCUGAGAUUACCAAAGACUGGAGGCAGCAGAGGAGGGGAGCUCCGAGCCCUUUCAUAGAGGAAAUUUCCCUCUGUGCGCUGUCGGUGUCGCCGAGCGAGGCCUGGAUUCCCAAACUGGAUCCACUCCAGCUGCAUUUGUAUUUCCCCUCUGGGCUGCCUGCCCUGGAGAGGCAGCGUUUCCCAGGGCUGCCUGCACUGGGGGAGGAGGGUCCCCUCCUCCCAAACCCCGUUUGCAUUCAGUGUUAGCGCUGCUCUGUGCACCGUGUGAGGACAAACCCCGCUGCACCCCAAAAAAGCUGUCCCGGGAGCUGGGCCAGCUCUGGGCGUCCUGCUUGUCCUGUUUGGUACCUGCUGUGUCGGUCCUGUCACCUCUGCUCAUUAACUCGUCCCUGAAAUUCCCCUGGGAGUUCAAUCCUUGUGGGCACCGCAGCGUUGACCCGACAGUGCCAAUCACUUCCAGCUGGGAUUCGACAACGAGCGGCCGAGAAUCUCUGGGUGUUCCUCUUUCCAGUCAGUUUUCAGGGAAAUGGUGAUUGUUCUUUUGGUGGAUGAUCAUUCCCUCUGUUAAAUUCAGAGGUCAGAGCAGACUUCAGACUCCUCGUGAUCAGAUGCCACAAACCAAGGUGGAAAAAUCCCUUUCCAGGGAGUCCAUAAUGUGAGGAAAAAAGAAAAGAUUUACCUUCAAGCCUGUCCUUUCCUGGUUGUUGUGUGCUGGAGCUGCUGCAGCUGGAUGGGAAGAGUGGGAAUGGAAGGAAUUGCACAAGGGGGUGGGAGCAGCCUUCUCCUUUCUUUUUUGUCUUUGCACUUCUUCGGAGCACGGAGCUGCUCCUGAUGCCAAAUAUUUCCUUGGGAAUCGGGGUGUGGGAAUGGCACUGGAGUGGUGGCACACAGAAAUUCCCAGCAUUGGGGCAGACUGGAACUGGGAUUUGACCUCAGGAAUUCUGCCCCCGAGCCCAGCAGGGCAAUGUGUUCCCUGAUUGACCUGGGAGUUAAAGAUCCCUGGGCUUUUGGGAGGUGAUGGCCACGAAUUCUGGGUCAUUUUUUUGGGCUUUCCCCUCGCUCAGCCCCCCCCAUUUCUUUUCUCCAAUGGAGAAGCCAAUUAUCCUGCUCUUGUCCUGAUCCAGAGGGAGGAAUUCCCAGCCCUGCUCAUAUCCCCACGUCCUGUCCCUUCCUUGUCCCCUCCCAGCUGGGAAAAGCAGGAAUUCCAGCAGCCCGGCGGUGCUGACAAGUUGUUCUUUAAUUAGCAGCUGCACCUGAUUUAAAUUCGGAAUUUCAGCCAAUUUCCCCACAAGUUUUGCAGGCUGGGUGUUCGUCCAGGGGCAGAUCCUUGAGUUCAGCCUGUGAUGGUUUUGGUGCUUUUGUUUCUCUCAGAGAGUGUUGCUGCUUUGGGUUGGUUUAAAAAGCGUUUUUUUUUCCCCCCUUUUUUUUUUUUUUUUUUUUUGUUUUUUUUUUUGUUUUUGAAUGUAGAAAAGGGGAAACAGAGUGUUCCUUUCCUUUCUCUUCUUCCCUGCAUGGAUUCAGACACGUUCCAGAUUUUUUUUCUGAGGUGUGCUGGCCAGGAAGAGCUCUGAGAAAGGAAACAACUCAAAACAGGAGUUUUACCCUUUUUUCCUUUCCUGCAAUUCCCUAAUUUUUCAUUUUAUUCCUCUCAAAUUUGAUUUCCCCCUCCCCUUUCUCACGGAUCCUUAAAGCAUCACCACCAGAUUUGUGCUUUUUGGUUUUCUUUUCCUCUCCCUCCUCCUGCUUCUUCCUGCACCUUGAGCCCGGCACUGGCACUUCGAGAAAACCAGGUCCAAAAAAAUGCACCCAAAACGUCAAAAUUGCAGCUUUUUAGCAUUUUUCAAACAGCACAACCACGUUUUCCCCUCACAGCCUGGAUGCUCCAGGAAUUUCAGGCACCACGGGAUGGUUUUGGGGAACUUUCCUGACUCCUUGGCCAGUUUGGCAUCUUCACUUUGUACCUUCCAGGGGCUGAUUUCCCCCUUUAUUUCCCCCUUUAUUUUCCCUUCCCCUUUUUCCUUUCCCCUUUCUCCUUUCCCCUUUUCCCCUUUCCCAUUUCCCCUUUUUCCUCUUUCCCCCUCUCCCUUUCCCCCCUUUCCCUCCCUUUUUUCCCAUGUUUUCCCCCCAAAAUCACCACGAGCUGCAGGGUGUCCCAGCACCGGUCACUGCCCGUGUGUUCUAUGCAUCUCUUAAUUAGCACAAACACUGUUAAUUGCCUUUUCCCGUGCCCUCACCAUCGAUGUGUGCGUGUCGAUUUUGACGGCUUUUCUUGGAUCUGGAUUCUAUUUUAUUGCAGUGAAGACACUUUGUUAUAUAAUGUUUAUAUAUUUUACGAUUUGUGCCAAGAGAGGAUGUAUAUUUAAUAAAAAAUAUGAUUGAC